AUGGAUCCCUCCGCGGCGAGGCAGCUCAGGCGGGUCCGCACGCUGGGCCGCGGUGCGUCGGGGGCCGUCGUGUGGUUGGCCUCCGACGACGCCUCGGGGCAGCUCCUGGCCGUCAAGUCGGCGGCCGCCGCCGGCGGGGCGGCGGCGCAGCUGCGGCGCGAGGAGUCGCUGGUGCACGGGGACGUCAAGGCAAGGAACGUGGUGAUCGGCGGGGACGGCCGCGCCAGGCUGACGGACUUCGGGUGCGCGCGGCCCGUGCAGCCGUCGCCGUCGCGGCCGAUCGGCGGGACCCCGGCGUUCAUGGCGCCGGAGGUGGCGCGCGGCGAGGAACAGGGGCCGGCGGCCGACGUGUGGGCGGUCGCGUGCACCGUCAUCGAAAUGGCCACCGGCCGCGCGCCGUGGAGCGACGAGGACGACGUCUUCGCCGCCGUUCACAGGAUCGGCUACACGGACGCCGUCCCGGACCUGCCCGCGGGGCUCCGGCCCACGGCGGCGCGGCUACUGGAGCACCCGUUCCUCGCCUCGGCGUGCUGCGAUGCCAAGCCGUCCAAGCACGACUGGCCGUCCCCCAACAGCACACUCAAUGCGGCAUUCUGGGAGUCCGACGAGGACGAGGACGAGGAGGCCUCUGAGCGAGCGGUUGAAAGGAUCAGCUCAAUGGCGAGCCCCUGCUCCGGCUUCCUGGACUGGGAUGCCGACGAAGGUUGGACCGAAGUGCUCAGCGAGUGCUCCAAGGUCUCGGACGCGCCGGCUGCCACGGCAACGACCGGUGCUGCUUUUACCCCUAGGAUUGAAGCGUUGGAUGCCGCCGUGGUUGAUCUCCACGACGUCGUCGGCGUGGAAGAAGGCGCCAUUAGAUCUCCAACAUGCAACGUAGAAGCUAUAGAUGAUUCCAGCAAGUGCCAGAGACAUUCGUGUGUCAGUGCAGGAGGCAAUGUAGGAAGUUUUGGUGAAUUUUCUAGGUGCCAGAGCCAUGCCAGGGUGAGCGUAGGCAGCAACGUAGGGAUUGCUGGUGGCCUUGUCAAGUGCCAGAUACAUCCUAGGAUGAGCGUAGGCAGCAAUGUAGGAAUUGCUGCUGAUGUUGUCAAGUGGCAGAGACAUCUCAGGACCUCUCCUCCCAGCUCGUCCCCCCUCCCAUCUCCAGACCAGACGCAUAAAUCCCACACGCGCCGGACACCGGGGGGGCUCCAACCCGAUUCCCAUCCGCUUCCUCCCGCAAGCGAAUUCCUCUGCCCGGAGGCGCGACAAGACACCGGCUUUCCGAUCCCAGCCAUGGAGGCGACGAAGCAGCUGAGGCGGCUGCGCACGCUGGGCCGCGGCGCGUCGGGCGCCGUGGUGUGGCUGGCCUCCGACGAGGCCUCGGGCGAGCUGCUGGCGGUCAAGUCGGCGUGCGCCGCGGGGGCCGCGGCGCAGCUCCGCCGCGAGGGCCGCGUCCUGGAGGGCCUCUCCUCGCCGCACGUCGUGCCCUGCCUGGGCGCCCGCGCCGCGGCCGGCGGCGAGUACCAGCUCCUCCUCGAGUUCGCCCCCGGCGGGUCGCUCGCCGACGAGGCCGCCAGGAGCGCCGGGGGCCGCCUCGCGGAGCGCGACAUCCGGGCCUACGCCGGGGACGUGGCGCGCGGGCUGGCCUACCUCCACGGCCGCUCGCUCGUGCACGGGGACGUCAAGGCCCGGAACGUGGUCAUCGGCGCCGACGGCCGCGCCCGGCUCACCGACUUCGGCUGCGCCAGGUCCGCGGAGUCGGCGGGGCCCCUCGGCGGCACCCCGGCCUUCAUGGCGCCCGAGGUGGCGCGCGGGGAGGAGCAGGGCCCCGCCGCCGACGUCUGGGCGCUCGGGUGCACGAUCGUCGAGCUGGCCACGGGGCGCGCGCCCUGGAGCGACAUGGACGACCUCCUCGCCGCCGUCCACCGGAUCGGGUACACGGACGCCGUGCCGGAGGUGCCCGCGUGGCUGUCGGCGGAGGCCAAGGACUUCGUGGCCCGCUGCUUCGAGAGGCGCGCCAGCGCCCGGCCCACGGCCGCGCAGCUCCUCGCGCACCCGUUCGUCGCCGCGGCCCGCGGCCCGGACGCGCGGCCGGCCAAGCAGGAGCUCCCGUCCCCCAAGAGCACGCUGCACGACGCGUUCUGGGACUCGGACACCGAGGACGAGGCGGACGAGAUGUCGACGGGCGCGGCCGAGCGGAUCCGCGCAUUGGCGUGCGCCGCGUCCGCCCUCCCCGACUGGGACUCCGAGGAAGGCUGGAUCGACCUGCAGGACGGCCGCUCGGAAACCGCCGACGCCGCGCCGGCAGCGGCGGCGGGCUACUUCCUCUGGGCGGAACCAUCAGACGCGGAGCCCGAGCAGCUCUUCACCACCGCCGCCGCCGCAGAUGUCAGCGACCAUCCCCAUCUCCCCCUCAUUGCCGGAGUUACUGAGGCCGCCACCGCCAUUAGCCAGGGCAGUUACUGGCUCCAUGAAAACAAAAUCCCACUCGGGUUCGACCACGAAGGGGUCGGAAAGGUGGAACCCCACCGUGCUUGUAACAGGAACAGAGUAGAAAUGAAACGAAUUCCGCGCAAAAUAUCCCGUCCGAAAAUCACAGCGAUCUCGCUCAAAGUUUCCGUCUUUGGCAUCACCUGGUUGGCGCGCCCCGUCACGCCUCAAGGCCUUUUUCCGAUGGACGACGGCCGGUGUGUGGAAGUGCCCAAGUGGAACCGCGGUCUGUGGACACUGGACAGUGACAAGCGAGUGGACGGCGGCGGAGGUGGCUCUGAAGAUUCUCUAGAGGAGCCCGCGCAGAAUCCCGCUCGCAUCAUGGCCGGAUGCCCCUCCCUCUCCGCUGCUUGA